AUGGCGAACGAGAAUGAACCGGCGAAGCUGCUUUUUCCUUACCUUCAGAGAGCCGAUGAGUUGCAGAAACACGAUCCCCUCGUCGCCUAUUAUUGUCGAUUGUACGCGAUGGAACGUGGAUUCAGGAUUCCUCAGAAGGAGCGUACAAAGACCACCAACGCUCUACUUGUUUCGCUCAUAAAUCAGCUUGAGAAGGAUAGGAAGUCAUUGACUUUGGGGCCUGAUGAUUAUCUACAUGUGGAGGGAUUUGCCUCAAAUGUCUUUCAAAGGCAGACAAACAAGAUAGAGCUGGGCGGGCCGAUUUGGAUCUUGUGUUUGGCGAUUCAUAUUAGCAAGGAUCUUGAACCGAACAGAAGUGAUUUUACCAUCAGAUUCACCAGCGUCACUAUCCAACCAACGAUUACCCGUCCCACAAUUUUCAACAGCCACCUGAAAAUUUUCACCAGCCACCUGAUAUUCACCAGCCUCAGCCUCCGGAUAAUAUUCAUCCCCAGCGAUACAAGCCCCAACUGCCCCACCACCUUCCUCAACAUUACUUACCCCAAGACAUGGCCCCACCAUACUCAUACCCAAAUUUCCAAUCCGCAGCUCCACCUAACCACCCUUCUUUUUACCAAGGCCCAGAUGCUUCCUAUUCCACUUCAUCGCCACCUGGCGCGGCUAGUUAUCCUUCGGCUGCGCAGUAUGCCCCAGCGAAUAGGAAUGGGAAUGUUCCGGAAGCUUCUCAAACUACGUACGAUGCCAAAGUACGAGUAUGACUCUAAUUAUCAACCGCCACCUGAGCAAAUUGUGGAGGCGCACAAGGCAGCUAGGUUUGCAGUUGGUGCAUUGGCGUUUGAUGACGUUUCUGUGGCGGUCGAGCAUCUUAAGAAGUCACUUGAGUUGUUGACUAGGCCAUCGGCUAGACGUUGA